AUGGAGAACCUCAACUCUUCCAACUCCUCUAGCUUGGACUCCACCUCCCCGGAUUCGGGUCGCCUGAUUUCGAGCAUCGUCCUGGGGCUUUGCUGUGCACUGGGCCUCCCUGGUAACAUAGCUGUCCUGGUGGUCAUCCUGCGCCGCUCGUCCCGACGCCCCAACUUCACCCUGUGCCUCAUGCUGAACUUGGCGUCCUCCGACAUCCUGUGCCUGGCCACGGUGCCCGUGUGGAUCUAUACUCUCCUGCACAGAUGGACUCUGGGCCGUGCCGCCUGCAAGCUAGCCACCUUCCUGCUCUACCUCAGCCUGUAUGCUAACGUGCUAACGGUCACUCUACUCGGGGUCCAGCGCUACCUCCAGGUGCUCUACCCGCAGAUGUGGAACAGGCUGCGGCGCAAGGGGGAGGCGGCGCUGCUCCUGGCCCUGUGGGGGCUCGCCUGUGCCCUGACUGCCCCCGCCGUUGCCACUCGCGAUGUGGGCGAUGGCGAGCUCAAGUGCCAACGAAACACAGGCUCUGAGGCUGAAAGAGUUGCUGUCCUCGUCUUGGAGACCCUUUUAGGGUUCGUUGUCCCGUUCUCUGUGCUGGUCACGUCCUACUGCUGCCUCCACCGGCGGGUGAACCAGACGGCGCUGUUCAGCAGCACCAAGUUGACGUGGCUGGUCACCAGUGUGGUGGUCGCCUUCUUCAUCCUCUGGAUCCCUGUGCACAUUGUCAACGUGGUGGACAUCGCCGGCAUUGUGCUGCGGGCUUCCUGGCCAGAGGCGUCGGCAGCGCUGCUACGCCACAGAAGCGUGGCAGCGCGUGUCGUCCGGAGCUUCACGUUUGUGAACAGCUGCCUGGACCCCUUCCUGUACGCCUUUGCCUCGCGGAGGAUCCGGGAGCAGCCCAAGCCGCCGUCGAGGGGCGACAGCGGGAUGCAGGCCACAAAGAUCUGA